AUGGCAAUAAUACAUGAGCGAGAGUCCGCUUCAUAUCGAGCAAGUGAUUUGUCAGAGGUUUGUUCAGAACUUUUACCAGUUCUCGAUGAAGAAAUUCCUGUCUUCUGGGACAUUAAAGAGUUUCAGAUCCCACCUCUGCAUUUUUGCCCUGGCAUCAUAACCGCUUAUGACCUGGCAUACGUUACCUUGUCAGCACCUAUAACAGCCGUUUUUCCAAGCCAAAAUCUUGAGAAUUUCAUCUUCACAUUAAGGUCCCAGUUAUAA